CACUCGUCUUGGAAAAUGAACUCGCCCUGCUCGUUGGCGCUCGUGAGAGUUGAUGCUGCGCAGAGAAACAGCUACGAAAUGUUGCCGAGCAACGACAGAUUUACAAGAGGCAGACAAAGAUUGACGAAACUGUUGCAGCAUGAGUCACCUAUGUGGCAGGGCUUUAUCGGACAAAGAAAAAUGUUUAAAUGUUUUCAACAAUCAACUAAAAUCAGCAGAUAAAAACCCUCGCUCAGUGAACAGAUUUACUGCAGACUGCAAUUGUUUACAUCAUAGUAAAACAGGUGAGCAGAACAAAAUGAAAAGACGUAGGAGCCGCAAGGAGAGGAGUCAGAUGAGAGGUGAUGUGAAAGAAUUCCCAGCGUACAAGUCACAUCAUCAUCAAUGCCGCAGCCAAAUCAGUAAAGACAUGCCGGCACAUUUCAAGAACUGCUGUCAAAGUAGCUUCCACUGUCCUUCAAGGAGAGAGGGAUCUUUUCCAAGCAUCAUUCCUGCAGCACAAGAGCCCAGUAUAAUUACGGACAGUCGCCUGAUAGGUCACCAUGGCCUGUUCAACCAUGAGGUGAAGUCUAUCGACAUUGAACGCUUGUUAAGUGAGCAGAGGAAACGUGGACAGCAAGUACAUGAAAACAAAAAUGCUACUUCACGUCCAGUUUCAACAUCUCAUAUUCCUUCUCCAUCCACCACUCAUGAUUUGUUGGUUGCUGAUAAUGAUGAAGGUCUGCCAUUUCAAAAACAAACAGUCCAUGAUGAUUGCGUGAAGAAAGAUAACCAAAUGAGUCAGGUAUCAGAAAUAACACCCGGGCAGAGGGCGCAACAACAACUUGAGCUUUCUUCGGAAAGUGUUAAAAGCAUCUCCUCAUCCAAACACAGCUCCAGCGAUGUUGUGAUAGUCAAGAGCAAGAAGAUUAACCCUUUCGUGUCUGAUAAGGAGUCUCUGCUGACUCCCACUGUUAUGAAAACAUUAAACCAGAAGGUAAAAGGACAUGUGAUUUUUGCUCUGGAUCACACCCCAAUGAACCAGGAGUCUGCUGUCCAUCAAACACAGGCUCAUGAUGUCAGCCCAAGCCUCCUUCAGGUUUCCAGCUCACACACUGCUGACAACUCUGACUUACAUCCCAGAAGAGCAGAUCCUGACGGUGUAUCUCAGUUGGUCAAGGCUGUGGCAGAACGUUUGUGUGACUCUCUGCGCUUCCCACUACUGAAGAGGAGAAACCUGGUGGCAGAGAGCAGGGAUGUUCUGCUGAGAGCUCUACGGGAGAACCACGGAUCCCGCCUUCAGGAAAACCUACAGGAGGUGCAGCGAUGCCUCAGCUUUGGUGCUGAUCCUUCAAAGAAAGUCCAAAAUCAGGAGUCGACCAUGAUGGAUGAGCUUCUACCUCCAGAUGUAUUCCAAGCAGCGUUCCAGGCCAAAACUGCUAGCCAGCCAUGUUUUGACACCCAGAAAACCACACCUUUCAGAACAACGGGAAGUAGACAUUUUAACUGGAAAUCCAGGCCACAACAAAACCAAAACAUGGAACCGAUCGCUGAUUGGUUGACGAGCCCUGUGGAGACUUCUGUCAGCAUUUUGGAUGACAUCCUCAGACCUUCUUGCACUCCCCAGUUCUGCAUGGACUUUGAGCCCUCUGGAGGUACAGCCAACAAUCAUUUGUUCUCUCCACCCUCCUGCUGGAGACAAACAGCCUCUGAAUCCGACACCUGGGAAGAGCGCUUCAACAGAAAGAGGAGUAAUACAGACUUUACUUUUGAUUCCUUUGAAAAAAGCAUUAUAGACGACACCAGAGCAGAGAGAAGCCGCACCAUCCAGCCUUUCUUUCCUUAUCAAACACAGCUGUCAGAUAGAUGUCCUGCAGAGCUAAUGCAUUUCCCCCAGGAAAAAGACCCAUUUCAAUCUGACAGAUAUUCAUUUGCUCCCUCCUUCUCCACCCAAAAGAGUUUCCAUCCUUACAGCCAAUUCAAUCAUCCUUCUACUUGCCCUCACCUCAGGUCCCAACACAAUGACAUGAAGCAUUACCCUCCAUCUCACAUGAUAGACAAAGAUCCAGCAGCUCCUCUCUCUUCUUUCCCGAGCCCCGAGCAGUGGACCUUCCCUCCGAUGAGACUGUACUAAUAUGAGGUGACACUCUGCAUAGAGACAAGCCUAUGAACCUUUCUUUGGCAAACUUAAAAAAAACAAUUCUCACUUAAUUCAAACCACCAAGAGUUUUUGUUUACAGCAAAAAAAGAUGUUGUGUGUGCUCAUAUUCUUUUUAAUUAAAAACACAGUAUUAAAUGUAAUAGCAGUAGCUGACAUGGCAAGAGUUACCCCUUUUAUUCUUUUGUCCCAUUUCUGCUGCGAUAAAGAAACGCACAAUUAUGUAUUGUUUGCAUUUUAGGAAAAGAAAUGAAUGUGCAGAACUGUAUACAUAUCAUCUUUAACACUGGUGUUAUAAUGGGAAAUUCUUCAGGUGUGCUAUUGUGAAAGCAUUUUCAUAUAUUUUGUGUAUGUGGGCUACAUUUAAGUGAAAUAAACAUAUUGUUACCAUUGUGUAAUAAAACAAAAGUGUCAAAUAUAAUUUAAAUGAGCACAAUAAAUGAGAUGACACUUCUGA